AUGGCUGCUAGUCGUCCAUUUCCUAAAUCUGCCCCUUCAUCGCCUACUUAUAGGCUCAAGCGAACCCAUAACCAAGCUAUGGGACCCCGUGAGGCCGACGAGAGACAGCAACUCUCAACGAGGCCGAGAAGCCUAGCUGAACCUUUCCAGUUAGUGGGAGUAUCGCAUCUGGCAGACACUUCCAAUGGUGCUGCGUGGAGCAGAGAAGCUGAAGCUGAAGCGAGACUGCGGACUCAUGUCCCACGAUCACGUGGAUUGCACCAAUUGACAAACCUGGACAUGUACUCACAUGCCAGUCAGCCGUCUCUUCUGAGGGUGGACUCAGAUUAUGAGUUAUACUCGACAUCGCCUCGCAGGCAGCCUCGGGUCUCACUUGAGAAUACCCUUGGUUCCUUGCCGAUGAAUGGACAAACAUCACACCUACCAUCGGAUGGAGGUCUUGCCCACACGGGAUCCUGGUGCCACUCGACUCCCACGGAAUUCAGAGAGAGACAGUUGGACAUCUAUGACUCUGAAAGGGACGUUCUCAGUGAAGACUGGUGCCCGAGGACCCCAAUGGACACCCGCUUGUCCACACCAGAUCUCCCACCGCUAUCCACAGACUUUGAGUUCUGCCCUUGUCAUCGUCCAGGCGAACAUGAGCAGGAUAGGAUCAACGAAGAUUUCUACUUCGCAACAAGAUCCAAGAUGGACAUGCAGAGUAUGCCAAUGCACCCCUCGCUCACGAGUAUUGCGGCGUUGCUAACGAAUCCAGCGAUUGAUGCGCUGGCACAUAUUGCUCAGAGCAGGUCAACAGAUGGUCAAGAAGACCUUUGGAUGCGUCGCUGA